AUGCCGCGGCACCUGUUUCCCUUUGCGGUGCUGCCGCUCCUUCUCUGCGCACUGAUGUGCUGCGGCAGCAGUGGGGCUGGGACCAGCGUUGAAGGAGCGCGGAAAGAGUCGAAGGAGGUUGAGCUCUUCAAACAAGGGGAAACUCCAGUGCUUGCCGCUGGGGAAACGGGCGACAAAGACCGUUAUCAAGGUGUCUCCUCAUUCUUCAGCCACUCCCUUCUCGACGUGAAUGGGGUGCUGGUUGCUCUUGCCGUCGGCAAACACAACGGCACUCAGCAAAGCAUGGGUUUUGACACUUGGGCAAAAUCCAAUGCGUACGGAGCAGACGAAAAGUUGAAGGAAGACGCCACAUGGGCGAAACAAGAGUGGAAGACGCAGCGUGUGACAAAACAAGUGGAAGGAGAGGUCUGCUAUAGGACACUGUUUGGCCCGAAGGCGCUGGUGAAGGACAGCAAAAUAUAUCUCCUUGUGUCAAAGACAGUCGCUGCCGACACUUCCUCUUCGCGUGAAGACAACUGGGACCUUGCGCUGAUCGUUGGUGACGUUCCAGGGCCUGUGGCAGAGCAAGGAAGGAAAGCAGUCGCGUGGGGGGAACCCCGAUCGCUGAAGUCGGCGCUUGCCGCAGAAAUGACUGCGCCGCGUCCGUGGGAGGAUCUGGAACCCUCUCGUGGGGCCAGAGGCGUUGCGGUUGGGGCCGCGACGAUUCUCUUCCCUCUUGCGGGAACCACCAACGACGGAACAGGCACACUUGCCUGCACCGUCGUCUACUCCGACGACAAUGGGAGUAGCUGGAAGCUUCAUGCGGCGGGUGCAAUUGCUCAGGGCUGUGAAGCUGCCACGCUUCUCGAGUGGGCGGGAAAACUUUUCAUGGCCACGUUAAACUCUUCUUAUUCGCGGCAUGGCAAGGUGUACGGAUCCAGUGACGAGGGGAAGACGUGGAACGAGGCAGCCGGGCCCUUCGCACGCCUGUUGGGCGACGCAUACGCGUUGUCUAUGAACCACGGUGGUUCCGACCUCAUCAGUGCAACCAUUGAGAAGAGGAGUGUGCUCCUCUACACCACGACUCUGUUAAGUCGUACUGAGCCAGGAGGAACCAGUGGAAGAGGCACGCCACGCAGAGUAAUCCACCUGUGGCUCUCCGACGGUGCUCGGACCCACGAUGUUGGGCCAAUAUCUGCGGAUGAUGCGGGCGCCGCCCUUUUCAGCUCCCUGCUGUACACAAAAGAUGAGUUGUUUGCCCUCUACACGAAGAAAGGUGAUACGUCAGACAUUCUUGUUUUUGCGCGCCUUCCAGAGCAGCUGCAGCGCAUCAAGGCCGUGCUGAAUAAAUGGAAAGAUGUGGACGCCAGAGUUGCAACGCUUUGCAGCUCCGCCGCCACCACCGCUGCUGCCUGCGUCGGUGCUAUGCCAACGGACGGGCUGGUUGGGUUUUUGUCGAACGGCGGCGACAAUACCCACUGGAAGGACGAGUACCUUGGGGUGGGCGCCACGGUGUUGGAAGGAGCAACGAAGGUCGAUGAUGGCUUUGCGCUGGCGGGGCGUGGUGCAUCGAUUGUGUGGCCGGUGGGCGGAGACGAGGAUGGCCCAGGGCACAGUUCCGUGGGCGAAGAGGUGACCCUUGUGGCGACGGUGACCAUCAACGAAGCGCCAAAGGGCGCCACCCCACUGCUGGGCGUGAGGACGAUGAUCACUGGGUCAUAUUUGGGGCUGUGGUACGACGAACACAAGCACUGGAGGACGAAGCUCGGGGCGGGGGCAGAAAAUAAUGCUGAAACAAUUGCGUGGGAGGAGGGGGAGGCAUACCGAGUGGUGCUCACGGUGAAAAAUGGCAGCGGCUCAGCGUACGUCGACGGGCGGCUUGUGGGGAGUUUGAAGAAGCGCCCAGCUACUGUGACUGCCCGGCCUUCGUCUGUUUCUGGCGAACCUCAGCUGGAGAGGCCGUCGGAGAGGGUCUCGCAAAUCUUCUUUGGGGGCUACAGGGGCAGCGAACCAACCUUUGGGGGCCGCGUGACGUUGACGAACGUCUUGCUGUACAACCGCCGCUUCAGCGCCAGUGAGGUUGCCGCACUGAAGAGGGCGGAAGAGCGCAAGUCUUCAGGGGCAGCCGGCGCUCAACACGCAAAGGCUAAAGCAAAGGACAUUUCUGUGCGUGGAUGUGCUUCUGGGGCGCUCUCACUGCUUCCGCUGGGGCUGUGGGGUCUCUCCGCGCUGUGCUGA